AGAAAACCUCUGAUUCCAACCUUCUUAUCUUCAACAAUUAAUGCUCUAAACAAACCUAAAAGGCUAAAACAGAAGCAUCCGCCGAUCAGUCUUUACCUUUCCCUUCUCCUACCAUUCAUUACCUCCAAAACCCCAUUCAAAAAAGCCUUCCUUUUUCCGUCUGCUCCAUUCCGUUCGCCCCCUUCCUCCUCCGCCACCUCCUGCAUUAAUUGCCUCCUCCAGCGCCACCCAUCGUCGCGCUUUCUUUGUUGCUGUCGUCCCUGUUAUCCUGCUAAUUAUGAUGCACUUUCCCCCGUUAGCACGCCCUUUCCUCCUUACUGUUAGCUUCCGCAACGGAAAUCCCCUCACGAUUCCUUCUUUCCUUUCGGCGUGUUGCGCGUGCAUGCAUUUUGUCGAAGGAAAGCCGCACGUUUUGCUGCUCCCCGUCUCUUCUCGCUCAGUUCCCAACCUGAAAGCCCUCGCCUUUUCGCUCCUCUGCGCCCGCUAUCCCUCGUGUCCGCUGCCCGUGGUUCGGGAUUUGAGUUGAGAUGGAGCACGCGGACGGGAGCCUCGGAGAGGGGCCUCUUGAGGACGGAUUAAUGGCGAAGAAGCAGAUGAAGAGUCCAUCACAGGUGCAGAUCCUCGAGGAAGCUUAUGCAGUGGAGCCGAAUCCAAGUACGUGGAUGAAGGAGAAGUUAGCAAGAAGAACAGGGCUGGAGUACAUGCAAGUCCAGAACUGGUUUGGGAAUCGGCGGUUCCUGGACAAGCAUGGUCCUCGGAGGUACACACCCAGGAAGAAUCGUGAUCAUCUCCUGGGUGGUGGAAACUAUAUGUAUCUGGCGCCCGAGUUCAGUCCUGGAUCGACCUCCAGCAUGCCAUUGGUUAGUGUUGCAAGAGCUGGCCCGUCAUUUAUAAUUGGAUCGGCAUGUGCAGACGAACCCUUGAGUUUGAAGAGGCACCAGCCACCGCAAACCUUCAUGCCUGCAGGAACAUCCUUGGUGCAGCCCAGAGUGGGGCCUGCCCUGCAAUUGCCUUCAUCAGUGACGCAACCGCAUGUGUGGCCAAUGUACCAAAAGCUGCAACAAGCAGUCACGCAUGCUGAGGAUAAACUGGGGCAUCCUUCAAGAACUUAUGAGCCAAUCAGUACCAAGUUCAAGCCUUUGACUUCUGGAACUUUUGAGGUUCCUUUAGUUACAGUACAUAGGGAACAAAAAAAUACUUGGCAACCUUGUGAUGGCAAAGAAACUGAGGGAGCAUGGUCAGAGUCAAUUAAGGAGUCAACAUUCUUGGCUAGGUUGGAAUGUGGUUUAGUGACAAGUCCAUUUAAUGAAUCAGAUGUCACUGUUCCAGAUGUUCACAUGCAUGAUGUUAAGGCUCCAAGGACUGUCCGUGAAUACCAGUUCUUUCCAAUGGAACCAAGCUGGUUACUGAAUUAUGAAAAUGUCGAUCAUACUCGUCCUGUGUCUUCAAUUAAUAUUUCAAGUCAUGGAGGGCGAACUUCAAAUAAACAUGCGUGUGCCAUUUCAUCUUUUUCUUCUCAAUAUAAGGCAUCAGAUGCCACUCAUCAAUCUCAACAAGGUGGGGUCAAGACUGCAUCUUCACUAUCAGAAUACCACAAAGCCCCAAAUUGUGUUCUUCCGAACUGUGCACCUGAUGACCGUUAUGCUGUUCGUCAGGUUACUCAACUGGGCAAUCCAUUUUAUUUAUCUGAUAAGGCGAAUAUCCAUUAUGACAGUUAUCGCAGGAUGGAGAAGGCACAGAUACACUCAUCAGAAUCAUCAGGUGACAAUGAAUUCCAUCCUUUUGAUCAUGCAAGAAUCUCCACUCCGGCAGCCUUUGAGGACACGAACAACAGGGAUGGCAACUGGACCAUGCAAAACCAGAGAAGAUAUCAGUCAUAUCGGCUUCAUGCGCACGGUUAUGAUUGCUUUCGCGUAAUGCCGCGGGGGAGAUCUGAUACCGCAUCAGCAGAUGUUACACGCCAAGUGAACUAUUUUAGCGACACCGAUGAUAGUUGCAGACCAGUUGUUGCAAAGUGGAAUCACAAAGAAAACCGAGCUGUUUACAUCACAGAUGACAGUGACAACACUCUAUCCAUGUCAUGUGGAACUGAAUCAACUUUGAGCUAUGGAUACGAUGAUGAGGCAGCUGCAAAUGUGAAAGGGCAUGCAGGAGGCAAAUCCAUGGUAGAAACUGAUGUUAAUGAUGAAGAGGAUCAUGCAGGCGAGGCUCACAGUCGAUGGAAACACUUCAAUGUUGCUGGGAUUGGUGAGGAUGAUGAUGAGAUGGAGGAUAUGGAUUGCAAGGAUGGGGAUUCACCCCUUUCUUCAGAACACACUCUCUAGCAUUCUGUACUUCUCAUAUAGACAGGUAUAUGUAAGAACAGAAAUCAUUGACAUUAUUUCUGUUCAUCAGACUUGGUGUCGGCAUUUCUCAACAUCACCAUGCACUGUUUCAGUUGUUUGGUAAUGAUAUGUGAUGAAACAGUUGCAGCAGCUUUGUGGUGCUUAUGUAAUGAAUGCUCUAGUGAAGCAAUUGCUUUGCAUGGAUGUAAAAUCCAUUGUUUUA